AACUGCAUUCUUCACAGCUGACUCUCCUCUGACUUUUCUUCUCACCACCAGCUUUUCUACAGUUCUCGCAUUUGUACUUGCUAAACGUUUACCACUGGAACAAUUUCAACUUCUGAAUAAUAUCGCUCACUUCUGAACAAUAUAAGAAUUUUGAAUGUGGUGAAAUGACUUCUGCAAAACCAAAUGUUCCACUGAAAAUGGACACAAAAGAUCUUCAGAUCAGGACUUUAACUGUGGAAAAGUUAAUUGAGCCCUUGAUAAUACAAGUCACAACAUUAAUGAACUGUGUAAAAAACCCUUCAAAGAAUAAAAAGGGACAAUCAAAGAGGGCUCGUGUUCUUUUACUGUCAGUGGAAGAAGCUACCAACAACUUAAUUGAGAAAGGGGAUCAGAUUGCAAAAGAAAGUACGUUUUUGAAGGAAGAACUUACAACAGCAGUUCAGCAUGUUCGUAAAGAAGGUGAAGUCAUGAGAGUCACAUCAAGAGAAUUUACAGAUGACCCAUGUGCCUUACCAAAAAGGGAAGCUGUGGUUCAAGCUGCCCGUGCUCUUCUUGCUGCUGUUACCAGACUCCUUAUUCUGGCUGACAUGAUUGACGUUUUAUACCUAUUGCAACACCUUACAGUUGUCCAGAAAACAUUUGAAUUGUUAAAAAAUGCAUCAACCAAAGGUGAAAUAAACAAGGCAUACAAAAUGUUUGGACACGAUUUAGCAAAACUGGAUGUUUUGACUCACAAACGACAACAGGACCUCAAGGCACCUGAUCAACGUGAUGAACUAGCAAAUGCCCGUGCUUGUUUGAAGCAAUCUUCCUCAUUGUUAUAUUCUACUUCCCUGGCUUGCUUGGAAAACACUGGUAUCUCUUCUCUUCGAGCCAGCAGGGAAUCUGUGUGCAAUGAGAUACAGAAUGCUUUCACAAUUAUCUCAGAUGCCGUGCAGGGAAUUGCACAUUCAAAACCUCAACUACUAUCAGCUAAAGGAUCAAUUGUUCAAGCUCUCAAUGAGUUUGAGAAUACAUUAACAAAUGACCCACUUACGAAUGAUGAAAACAAAUUAAGGCCCAUGCUGGAAAAGAGGUUGGAAAAUAUUGUUAGCGGAGCAGCUUUGUUAGCAGACUCCUCGUGCACACGUGAUUUGCAUCGUGAGCAAAUUAUAACCGAGUGCAAUGCAGUGCGCCAAGCUCUUCAGGAUCUGCUGUCUGAAUACAUGAGUAAUGCUGGACAUAAAGAAAGUCACUCUGUGAACGCUGCUAUUGAUAAUAUGUGUAAGAAGACCAGAGUCCUUCGGAGACAGUUGAGGAAGGCGAUUAUAGACCAUGUCUCUGACUCCUUCUUGGAUACUACCGUGCCUCUUCUGGUUCUUAUUGAAGCUGCAAGAAGUGGAAAGGAAAAAGAUAUACAGGAAUAUGGAACUAUAUUCAGAGAGCAUACUAACAAGCUUAUAGAGGUGGCUAAUCUUGCUUGCUCAAUGUCAACUAAUGAGGAAGGAAUCAAGAUUGUUCAGAUAGCAACGAACCGCAUUGAAACUAUGUGUCCUCAGGUUAUAAAUGCUGCAUUAGCCCUUGCUGCCAUGCCAAAAAGUCAAACCAUCAAAAACAAUAUGGAGAUUUAUAAAAAAGCCUGGGAGACUCAUGUUCAACUUCUUAUUGAAGCAGUGGAUGACAUCACUUGCAUUGAUGACUUUCUUGCUAUAUCUGAAAGCCACAUUCUAGAAGAUGUGAAUAAGUGCAUUAUUGCUUUGAGGGAACGGGAUGUGGACACCCUGGAUCGUGCAGCUGGUGCUAUUCAUGGGCGAGCUGCAAGAGUUUCACAUGUUGCCACUGCUGAGAUGGAAAACUAUGAGCCCGGUGUCUAUACUGAGGGAGUGAUGAAAAGCGUUCAAAUUUUGGCAGAAUCUGCUAUGCCAGAGUUCAUCGCGCAAGUUAAUAUUGCUCUGGAAGCACUCAGCAUUGACUCACCCCACCAGUUUGAUGAUAAUGCAUUUGUUGAUGCGGCCAAAAAGGUCUAUGAUUCGGUUCAUGAUGUCAGAAGUGCAGUUUUGAUGAUAAGGACACCUGAAGAACUUGAAGAUGUGUCUGAUUUUGAGGAAGACCAUGAUAUCCGCAGUCGCACCAGUGUUCAAACAGAAGGAAAAACUGACAGGGCUAAGAUGACUGAGCUGCCAGAAGAAGAAAAGGCCAAGAUUGCUGAGCAAGUUGCGGAUUUCAAGAAAGUAAAGAGUAAACUUGAUGCAGAAAUUGAAAUAUGGGAUGAUACCAGCAAUGACAUCAUUGUACUUGCUAAGAAAAUGUGUAUGAUCAUGAUGGAGAUGACUGAUUUUACCAGAGGUCGAGGGCCACUGAAACAUAUAUCUGAUGUAAUCAAUGCAGCCAAAACAAUCUCAGAGUCGGGUUCCAGAAUGGAUAUUUUAGCACGGCAGAUUGCUAACCAGUGUCAAGAUCUGUCUUGUAAACAUGACUUGUUGGCAUACCUGGAACAGAUCAAGCUCUACUCCCAUCAGCUGAAAAUCUGCAGCCAGGUCAAAGCUGAAAUUCAAAGUCUUGGUGGAGAGCUGAUUGUUUCUGCGUUGGAUAGCAUUACUUCACUCAUUCACGCCGCCAAGAAUCUGAUGAAUGCUGUAGUUUAUACAGUGAAGAUGUCCUACAUUGCAUCAACCAAGAUUAUUCGGCUACAAAGCCCUUCUGGCGUACACCAUUCUGUUGUAAUGUGGAGGAUGAAAGCUCCUGAAAAGAAACCGUUGAUUAAAAGAGAGAAGCCUGAAGAAAUGUCUGCUGCAGUCAGGAAGGGUUCUGCAAAGAAAAAGAUCCAUCCUGUGAAAGCAAUGAGUGAGUUCAGAGGAAGAAAUGUUUCUUAAACUCUAAAAGAACUUCACACAUAUAUCCAACAUAUAUUCUUAAAAUUGAUCGUGCACAAAUAUUUCAACAUGGAUCAUUCGUACAUGAAUAGCAUUCAAUUGAACAUUUAUAGACCAUUUAUCCUGCACCUUUAUUAUUGUUACACUGAUAUGGUUGCAUCACAUUGACACUAAUCAGUAUAUAAUAAAUCAGCUUUUGGAGGCAUUGUUUUGAUUCGGAGCCUCUGUCCUGAAACCACCUAAGUAGAAUUUAUAUAUCUAGACAAAUUUUAAAAAACCUUUCAUUUUAAUUUUUAAAUAUUUUAAAUUAUUUAAAAUUAUUUUAAAUAAUUUAUAUUUAAUAACUUCUCAGAAGUAGCUGGAAAAUGGAAGAAACAUAAGUGGUAAGUUAUUUGGUGCUGUUUAGCAGAGAUCUACCUGUAGCUGCACAUAUGCAGAGUUAUCCUUAACCUUGGACUAGAGUGAGGCGGAAUAGAAAAUGUAAUCUGACUUUCUGUUGCAUCAGAUUUCACAUCCAAUCUCUGCAAAGAGGCGUCCAGAUGUUUUACCAAGAAUUCCUUGUCAGAGUUGGUACUAAUGUGACAGGACAAAUUACUUGUGAAACCUAGGAAAAGCACAGAAACAGAUGAGCAGUGGGACAAUUGGUAAAAUCUGAUUUGUUCAAGCUCAGGGAGUCUCCAGUGUCAAAGCGAAAGAGCAGAGUAAUAUUCCUGAAAAGCAGCUCCGACACUUUAUAUUUCCUUUGCUCUUCUUAUAUUAUCCGUUGUGAAUGAUCCCCAAAGCCAUAUACAGUCUACCAGUAGAGAUCUUUACAAAUUAUCGUUGGUAUCACAUAAGACAUCGCCAAAAACUGGCAACUGAAUUUUUCAGCUGCUAUGCGAAAGGAAUAAUAUCACUUACUAAUGCUGACAAUUUCAAUUAUUUUUAUGUAUUCUGAUUAUCAUCUUUUUACUAAACAUAUAUACUGCUCCACAUUAUGUUUUAGCAGCAGAUUAAUAGAAUAAAAUAGGAUGGAAUAGAUGUCUGUAGUAUAUAUGAGGUAUGAUCAUAUAAUUGUUCUAUGCAAAACUCAAAUAAUUCAUGAAAAUCAAAAGCUAAUAUAUUUGGAUUUAUAUCACUGAUUGAUUUCACAUUAUUUCCAACAUUUGAAUAUUAUAAGACAGAAUGAGUACAUAUUAAUUUAUUAUAGAAUUAAUAUAUUAAUAGACUUGUUAUUUUCACUGGAUAUCAAUGAUUUAAUGACUUUGAGAGAAUUUAAAUUUAACAUUGGCUCUCUGUCCAGUGGCUGUAUUUGUUUUAAUAAUUCAGAAUUAUUAAUUGUAUUAUGCUAAUUUGUGAGUUUUGCUAUGAAAACAGAACCAUUGUAUUAAGAGGACAUUUCAAACCCUUCAGAUGGCCCUUUUCAGCUAAACAAAAUUAGCAUCUAAAGCUUCUGAAGCAAAAUAUAAUGACUUAGAACUAGACAGCAGCAUGAAACCAUGGGAUAUUCUUCAAUACAGUGAUAUACUUGAAAUAGUUGUCCUUUCUUGAAACCUUUCAGUCUUCUCAAGGUUAAUAAUUCGAGCAGAGAGCAUAUAUUUAGAAGCUGCAAGUAUAAUUAAGACUAAAAAUACAGUUAACUGAGUUAUGAUUUUUUUCACAUAUAUAAACCAAAUGCAUUGUUUUAUUGAUGGGUGCUGUCAGGAGUUUCUGGGUUGCAAGGAUCGUUCAUCUUUUGAAUUGUUAAUUAUUUGAAAAUUUUGUUUAGAGUGACCUUCCCACCACACAAAGUCAAAUUUUAAAAUUCUCAUUGGAGUUCCAAAAUAUAUCUUGGGGCAAAUUUAAUAUAGUAAGAUUGGAUUCUGGUUUCUAUUUUCUUUAAAGGGAAUAGCUGGCCUCCUGAUAUAUGGAGUGUAAAUGAACCUCAACCCUCAAACAAUGAAGUUUAGUUAUCGCAGGACAACACAUGCAUUACUUUUGAUUCUUGUUGAAGUCAAUUAUAUAGACAAAUGGAUUAUAAAAACAUAAUACAUGUACAUUUCAGUUCAUUCUGUAAUAUUUGAUACCCCCUAAAAAUCGUUAUUUUUGUGAUUUAUGUAAAAAUUCUUAAAUUGCAAUGAAGAGUUAGCCUAAAGGUUUUAGUAUAUUUGCAUUCUGUUUAAAAUACAUCAAGGCAACAAAUGAUAAAAAUGUAUAGAAAAGUCAUGUGUAUCAAAAUUACACAAGAGAUAUCACUAAUGAGAUAUCAUUUCUAGGUCUGUAGUGCAAGUGAGUAGUUAAUCUAAGAUGUCCAUUGCCAAAGUGGUUUUAUUGAUCCCAGGUUAUAUCUAGAAAUUCCAAUCCCACAAGCCUGUAAUCGCUUGUUGAAGUGAGCUGGCAUUUUAAACAUCAGCACCCAGAAUUUCAAAAGGGCUAUUCUGAAUUCAUAUUUUGGUCUGGCUGGGACAUGCAAAUGGUUAUAAGUUUUUUUCAAAAGAAAAGUAUAGUUUUUUUUUAUUAUUUUAAUCUAUCCUUCUCUACCGCCUCUCCUCUCCUCUCCAUCUUCAUGGUUUUGUUCUUGCCUGGUUUCAUCCUUACCUUUCCCCAUCGUCUGCACUUAGUAUCCACCAACGGCUUCUCCUCCUGCCCAACACGUGCAGCGUUCCAAAGGGCUCUGUCGAUGUUCCUCUCUUUAAUAUCUACAUGCUCCCGCUUGGUGAUAUCAUCCAUAGGAUUGG